AUGUCCAACCCAACCCUGGUCUUCUGUGCCGGUGCCUGGUACUCACCAGUAGCAUACGGCCCACUCAUCGAGAGACUUCCCGAAUAUACCUGUCGCACCGUGGCCUUCCCCUCUAUCGAGCAAGCCAAUGAAGUCAAAGACCUCCAACCCGAUAUUACUGCCGUCCGCAGUGUCGUCGAAAAAGAAUGCGAUGCCGGAAACGACGUUGCAAUUGUCCUGCACAGCUGGUCUGGUCUCCCCGUCAGCAGUGCCCUCGAUGGACUCAGCAAGACGGAGCGCCAAGAAGCGGGUAAACCAGGUGGCGUGGUGAAGCUCAUCUACCUCUCUGCGUUUAUUCCGGAGGUUGGUGAGAGUUUAAUUGGGGCAUUUGGCGGGGUGCCGCCGGAUUGGUAUGUUCGGGAUGUGGAGAAUGGCACCGUGCUGCCUGACGAUCCCUUCAAGCUGUUUUUCCACGAUGUUCCCGAUGGCCAGAAAUGGGCCGAGACAUUGCGACCCCAUGCAUGGGCGACCAAAAAUAGCCCUGCCACAAGUGCAGCGUACCUGCGAAUUCCAUCUGCCUAUCUGCUGUGUGAAGAUGAUCGAGCAAUCCCAUUGUUUGCACAAGAAGGAAUGGUUGAAAAGGCCCGAGCCAAGGGAGCCACGUUCGAGACAGACAAGGUUAAGACGGGACAUACGCCGUGGCUGGUGGUGCCGGAUCAGGUUGUGGAGUUUGUGAAGAGACAUGCAUGA